AAUGCGUUUAGACAUCUUUGAAGUAGUUUAGCCUGAGAAUUUCUGGUUUAGAAUAAACUGUUUUGAUAGCAUGGCUUUACAAUGGACAUUAUAACUAUCCCAUGAGCCUUACUGUGUCACUACUUAGGAUGGUAGACAGUGAUGAUGAAGAAGCUACAGAAGGAACCGGAGCGACAAGUCACACACUAUCCUUGACAAGCUUUCUUUUUGGUAAUAUUGACACACACGGCCAACUGGAAGGUGAUGUAUUUGAUGGCGAGUGUAAACGACAAUUGGCAUCCCUGUCCCGUCUAGGUUUGGGUUCACUCCUUCGACAAGUUACUGAUGAUGGUGAAGAUGAUGAUGAAGAUGAUGAUGAUGAUGAUGAUCGUGAAGAAGAGGAAGAAGGAAAUCCAUCUGCCAUAGAUUACUCAGACAUAACUGAAGCUGUUGAAGAUGACACACUUGCUCAACGUGAAGAUGAUGGAGAAGAUUAUGAUGCAGAAGAGGAAGAGAAUGGUGUCAAUAAAUCCGACUCUGAGCUCAUGCCACCGCCGCCCCUUCCACGAACUUCAGAAGCAGGCUCUGUUACACCACCCGGUGACCGCCGUAAGCUUGUAACGCCUUUAGCUGCCAUGCUGCCAUCAAAAUAUACUAAUGUUGAUGUUAGUGAAUUAUUUCCAGACUUUCGAACUGAUGCUGUGUUAAGAUUUUCAAGAUUAUUUGGCCCUGGAAAGAUGGCAAAUUUGCCUAAAUUAUGGAAGGGUGUGAAAAGGAGGAAGAAGAAAAAGAUGCCACCUGGAUCGGAAGAAAAUCGAUAUUCCUCAACUGAUGAGAGCUUCCAGAGUGAAGAGGUGUCUUCGCAAGUAGAUGUACCUCGUGGCUUUGAGCUACACCUUGGACCAGAGCCUCCACCAUAUAUGUGUAUCUCCGAUGACACUAUUCGAUUCAGUCAAACUCAGGAACAGGAUUCCAGUUCAGGUAAUCAGAAAGGGGAUGGUGAUAAGAAUAAUGAUCGUGAUCCCAACAAGCCUCAUGAAACUGACUGGCGAUAUGGUCCAGCUCAACUCUGGUAUGAUAUGCUGGAUGUGCCACUCUCUGGUAGCAACUUCGAUUAUGGAUUCAAAAUAAAAAUCAAGGAUGAGCAUGACUUAACUGAGAAGUCAGAUAUUAAGAAUGAAGAAAUCAAAAUUUUUAAUGCUACUUUGAAAGAAGAGAGGAAUGGAUAUGAGGCAGAUAGUGAAGAAGAGUUCCCAGAUGAUUCAUUCCAUAUGGUUACACAGUACAACUGGGAGGAGGAUAUUAUCUGGAAUGGUGAUGAUAUUAAGCACAAGCUCAAUCAAAAGCGUAAAAACAUGGCCGCAGGCUGGGUGCCAAGCAGUUAUAAUCGCACCGCUCAAGCUUUUAGCCAACCAACCAAAGUUUCUACACCAUUUGCAUCCACCAAAAGUGCUAAAGCUAAAAGCCAGAUGCCGAAAAACAAUGUUGAUGACACUUGGUACUCCAUUUUUCCUGUUGAGAAUGAGGAGUUGGUGUAUGGUCGCUGGGAAGACAAUAUCAUCUGGGACCCAGAGAAUAUGGACAACAUACCUGAACCUACUGUGUUGACUUUGGACCCUAAUGAUGAGAAUAUUAUUCUUGGUAUACCUGAAGAUGUUGAUCCAGCAACUAUAGCCCAAGGUAAUGAUGCUCCAGUGAAAGUCAAGAUACCGCACCCUCAUGUCAAGAAGUCCAAAAUUCUCUUGGGAAAAGCUGGUGUUAUUACUACUAUUGAGGAAGAAUCACCCCCUCCUCCACCAAAAUCUCCAGAUAAAGAUCCAUUUAACAUUUCCAAUGAUGAAUUCUAUCAACCCAAAUCAUCUGAGCAAACCAUUAAGAUGUCCAUGGGUGGAGGCCUUCUUCAGCACUCCACUCCAGUUGUUGAACUUCAGCCACCUUUUGUACCCACGUACAUGGGAGAAAAGAAGCUGCGUCUGUUCCACCGGCCGCCGCUCAAGAGGUAUUCCCAUGGUGCACUGUCAAACAUGGGCCCUCAUCCUGUAUACCCACUGACAAAGGAAAUAAGGAAGAAAGCAAAGCAAAGAGAAAUGGAACGCUUGGCCUCAGGUGGCGGCGAUGUUUUCUUUAUGAGAACACCGGAAGAUCUAACUGGCAAGGAUGGUGAUAUUGUGCUCUUAGAAUACUGCGAAGAGUAUCCACCACUUUUAUCCCAGGUUGGUAUGUCAACAAGAGUCAAGAAUUACUACAAGCGACGAGCAGGAAAUGAUAAAGGGCCCCCAGAAUUCCGCUUCGGUGAGACUGCUUACGCUCACACAUCUCCAUUCCUUGGGGCUAUGCAUCCAGGCCAGAGUAUUCAGACACUGGAAAACAAUAUGUUUAGAGCACCACUCUAUGAACACAAGAGAAUUACAACAGAUUUCCUGAUUAUACGAACUCGAAAUGCCUUUAACAUACGUGAGCUGGAUGGUGUUUUUACAGUGGGCCAAGAAUGUCCAUUAUAUGAAGUCCCAGGCCCAAAUUCCAAAAGAGCCAACAACUUCAUUAGGGACUUUCUGCAGGUGUUUAUCUAUCGCUUGUUUUGGAAAAGCAAAGACAACCCACGAAGAAUAAAAAUGGACGAAAUUAAAAGAGCUUUUCCUGCCCAUUCAGAGAGCUCAAUUCGUAAAAGGCUGAAACCUUGUGCAGAUUUUAAGCGUACAGGUGCUGACAGCAAUUGGUGGGUAAUUAAGCCAGAGUUCCGUUUACCAACUGAAGAGGAAAUCCGUGCUAUGGUAUCACCAGAACAGUGUUGUACUUACUUCAGCAUGUGUGCAGCAGAACAGCGCCUCAAGGAUGCUGGAUAUGGUGAUAAAUUCCUCUCUGCCUUGGAAGAUGAUGAUAAUGAUGAUACACAAAAACUAGAUGAUGAGAUCAAGGUUGCACCAUGGCAUACUACCCGUGCUUAUAUCCAGGCUGUUCGUGGGAAGUGCCUGCUGCAGCUAACUGGCCCUGCUGAUCCAACUGGGUGUGGUGAAGGAUUCUCUUAUAUUCGAAUCCCAAACAAACCAACACAGAAUAAAGAGGAACAAGAGCAGCAGCCAAAACGUACUGUUACAGGAACUGAUGCUGAUCUUCGAAGACUAUCUCUAAUUAAUGCCAAGAACCUUCUGCGACAAUAUGGAGUUCCAGAAGAUGAGAUUGCUAAACUAACAAGAUGGGAGGUGAUAGAUGUAGUGCGAACUUUAUCAACUGAGAAGGCAAAGGCAGGGGAAGAAGGAAUGAACAAGUUUUCCAGAGGAAAUCGCUUCUCUAUUGCUGAACACCAGGAAAGAUACAAAGAGGAAUGUCAGCGUAUAUUUGAUCUCCAGAAUAGGGUUUUAGCAUCUGAAGAGGUUUUAUCUACUGAUGAGGGAUCCUCAGAGGAGGAAGACAAUGACUCAGAUAUGGAGGAAAAAGGAAAAUAUAUUGAAAAUAUCCUUGCUAAUAAGAAGACUACUUCACAGAUGACAUUGGAAAAGGAAGAACAGGAGAGAAAAGAGCUGCAGAAGAUGAUAAUGGGUGAAGAUGACAGGGAUGGUGAUAAGAGAAAAGGAACUAAGAAAGAUGAAGAUGAAAAUUCUCAGUUUGGAUUUGGAACACCAGGUCGCCUUUUAAGAAUAACACGUACUUUCAAGACUCCAGAUGGAAAGGAAUAUACAAGGACAGAAAUUGUCCGAAAAACUGCUGUGAUUGAUACGUACGUCAAGAUACGAACUUCAAAAGACGAAUCAUUUAUUAAAAGUUUUGCUGGUCAGCUUGAUGAGUCUCAGAAGGAAGAGAUGAAGCGAGAGCGGCGACGUCUUCAGGAACAGUUAAGAAGAAUCAAGCGAAACCAAGAACGCCAACAAAAGGGCAUUGUUACCCCACCCAAGACUAAGAAACCUAAGCUAAAGCCUGACUUAAAACUCAAGUGUGGUGCUUGUGGACAGGUGGGUCACAUGCGUACCAAUAAGGCAUGUCCCAUGUAUGCGGGCAAUACUGGUAUCUCACAACCUAUCAGCGUUGCCAUGACUGAAGAGCAAGAGGAGGAGAUGGAGAAGGGUGGCAUUGAAGAGUCAGAGGAGCUAAUUAAUGUUGAUGGCACCAAAAUCAAGCUCUCUUCCAAAGUUAUUAAGCAUGCAGAAGAGCUAAAACGGCGAUCACUAGUGCUCAAGGUUCCAAAAGACCAGGUCAAGAAUGCAAAGCGUAGACGAGCAGGUACAGUAGUUCACUGUGAUUAUCUAAAGAGAAAGGAACGCUCUGUAAAUCGUCGCAGAAUCGACCCGGUCAUUACUCUUUCCACUAUAUUUGAGGAAAUUUUGAAUGACAUGAGGGAAAUGUCAGAUGCUCAGCCUUUCCUUUUCCCAGUUAAUGUUAAGCAAGUACCUGAUUACUAUAACAUUGUAGUUCAUCCUAUGGACUUAUCAACCAUUCGUGAUAAUCUACGUCAGAAGAAGUACCAAAGUCGUGAGGAGUUCCUCUCUGACAUCUCGCAGAUAGUAGAGAACUCAAGACUGUAUAACGGUGUUAAGAGCACUCUAACAGUAACAGCUCAGAAGAUGUUGGAGUUAUGCAUUGACCGAUUUGCUGAGAAGGAAGAGCGACUUAUGAGGCUGGAGAAGGCUAUUAACCCUCUGCUAGAUGAUGAUGACCAGGUUGCAUUUGACUACAUUUUGGACAACAUUGUGAACCACAAGCUCUUCUCAAUGCAAGAAUCUUGGCCAUUUAUGAAACCUGUCAACAAAAAGAAUGUUAAGGAUUAUUAUGAGAUAAUUCAACAUCCAAUGGAUCUUUCUACUAUUGCUAAAAAGGUUAAAAACCACAAAUAUCACAGUCGAGCUGAGUUUAUGCACGACAUGGAGCUGAUUCUAACUAAUAGUAUCAGAUACAAUGGACAAGACUCGUCUUUCUCUCAGAAGGCAGAAGUGUUAAUCCAGGUUUGCAGGGAAAAUUUAGCUGAGUAUGAGACUCAUCUGGAUGGCUUGGAAAAGAAGAUUGCUUUGGCCCAAGAGCGAGCAUUGGAACAGGCUGAGACAGACUCUCUGGGUACGUCGCUUGGUCCAGACGACGAUACUAAUUACACUUAUGCUGAACCUGAACAAGACCAUCCUGAUCACCAUUUAGGCUCUCCAUCUGACCAUCUUUUGGAAUACUCAGGUGAUGAGGAUGAUGAACAUGUUAAUGUAGUUGAUGGUGAUGAGGAUGACAUGAUGCCAGCUGGGAAAAGACGGAGAAUUCAGCAGUCACAAAGGAAUGUUUUGGAGGAAGAUCUUGAAUUCAGUGAUGAUGAAGAAGAUUUUGGAAAUCAGCAUGUGGUGGUGAUACGUGGAGAAAUGGACGGUGGUAUUCUUGAGGAUGGUCAGUAUGUGUCUCAUCAACAAGGUCCUGAUGAGACUCAGGGAGCAGCUGAAGCUAUGGUGCAGCUGUCUGCACAGUAUCCUUAUUAUCAGGGUGAAGGUAGCGAAGGAGAUUAUAACCACGAGGGGUUGACAGGUGAAGGCAGCAUGGAGGUGGAUGCUAGCUACGAUCCUUCAGUAGAGUUCCUUGGUGGUAUGAUGCCAUCACAGUCUCAUGAUGAUGGUACUAUUACUAAUGACUUAGCUGUUUCUGAUUCUGAUGAGGAGGCAGCCCCACAAGCAAGACACCAUGAUGAUAACCAACAACAGGAGGAAGAACAUGACAGAAAUGCAUUAUGGUUCUAAAUACAGGCUCUUUUUUUUUUUUUUUUGUCAUUUAUGAUGUUAGUAACAGGCACCCUUAUUGCUAACAUUAUUAUCUAUGUACAGUAUUUUGUACAGUAUUGCUUUAUAUUUGAUAUUUUUUGUAGAAGACAUUUAGAAAAAUAUUUUUAUAACAUUAAAUUUAUUUGAUAAAUAAAAUUUACAUGUAGGUUAACUGUGAAUUAAGCAGUUUGUAGCAGCCAGAAAAUAGUAAUUUUAAAACAUUUUUAUUUCUUAGACUAUUGUACAUUAAAUUUUUGACUCUUAGUACAUUAGACCAGUACCUUACAGUAGGGAAGUUAUUAAGGGGACAAGAGCUAGAGGCAAACAUAGAAACAUUACUGAAAGCUAUUUAAAAUAGACCUAGUUGUAUUUAUUUUUUAAAGAUAACUUGAAUGCUUAUGUCUCACUAUAAGUUAUUGAAUAGACAAUUACAAGCAUUUUGUGUACAUAAGGAAUAUUUAAAGUUAAACAAGCAUUGCUAAAGAUUGUAAAUAGAAUGGAAGUUUUAGCAUAUAAUAUGUAAAAGUUUGCUUAUGAAAAUUGUUAAAUUUUGAAAACAAACUUGAAGUAAUACAGAAAACGUCUUUAAACACAGCUUGAGGCCUUCACAAGCCAUAAGACUACUUUUCCCUGUAAUAUUUCUGGGUUUGGUGGGCAUCAAAUGAAUACAGGUGAAUUGGAGUGUAUUUAUGUAUUUUCUUAUCAAUUUUCACAACUAAUAGAGGCAUGAGAGAAGAUUUCUUUGUGUAUCUGUUAUAAUUAGCACAAGCAGUGUCAUUCUGAAAGAUCAGAAGAUCCUGCUAUUGCAUGUACACACAGACACCACAACAUCCUGCUAUUACAUGUACACACAAAUGCCACAGGACUCUAGUAGCACAAUGUUGAACGCUCAUUUUAAAUACGUAUUUUCAGGUUUAACUUCAAAGAAGAAGUAUUUUUGAUUGGUUCAAAAGUUUGCAUGACAAAGCAAAAUAUUCAGUGAACAUACUUGAUUUUCUGAAAAAGCCUUUGUAAUAUGCAUUAUAUUCAUAUUUACAAAAUUAAAAAUUACAGUAGA